AAUUUAGCUGUUAUAUCAUGGAUGCAAGCAAAAGAGUGGAGCCAGCCGUGUCUUCGCAAACACUACAGCAGCGAGCCAACCCAGAUCGCAGCCUCGCCACUACCAUCUACGUGCCCGAGCAAGGGGGUUACCAAGAGAAGUUCCUGAAGCAUGUGGAAGAGAAGUACAAGUGUGAAAAGUGUCGGCUAGUCCUCUGCAACCCCCGGCAGACAGAAUGUGGACACCGCUUCUGUGAAACCUGUAUGAAUUCGCUGCUAAGCUCUCCAAGCCCACAAUGCACGGCAUGUGAAGAAAUAAUCAUUAAAGACAAGGUGUUCAAGGAUAACUGUUGUCGGCGGGAAGUGUUGGCUCUUCAGAUGUACUGCAGGAAUGAUACU